AUGGCUCAAGACGAAAAUCAACGUCAAGUGCCUUCUGAAUAUAAAAAAGAUAUAUCCAUUUUAACUUUUGUAGAAGUAGAAGAAUGUAGAAAGUCACUACCAGAGAAAACCUUUACAGAGGCUAUAUCUACGGAUGAUGUUAAAAAUAACAUACCGAAUUAUAAAAUGAGCAAAACUAAAGUCUUACUAGUCUUUAUUAGUCUUUCAUUUUCUAUAUUUUUAGUAUUUUUAGAUCAAACUAUAGUUACCACAGCUUUGCCAGCCAUAGCAAUAGAAUUUGAAUCUCUUGAUGAUGUCUCAUGGAUUGGAACUGCCUAUUUACUUACUACGGCCGCUUUUCAGCCCGUAUAUGGCAAGCUUUCAGAUAUAUUUGGUCGAAAACCUGUAUUUCUUAUGGCGAUAUUUUUAUUAGAACUUGGUGGUCUUUAUGGACUUGUAAUGAUUAUUAUUACGGAAAUAGUUCCCAUGCAGGAAUGUGGAAAAUAUCAAGGAAUGAUUGGUAGCAUUUUUGGUAUAGCAUCUGUUAUGGGUCCAUUAUUAGGUGGUGCUUUUACGGAUAAGGUCUCCUGGAGAUGGGCAUUCUUUAUAAAUCUUCCUUUAGGCGUUAUUACAUUUAUCUCUAUUGUCUUUCUAUUGCACCUUCCAAAAUCAUCCAACUCUUUUUGGAAAAAACUUAUGCUCAUUGAUUGGUGGGGCACUUUCACUUUAGUUGUUUCAACUAUACUUUUAUUACUAUCACUUAAUUGGGGUGGUUCAAAAUAUAAAUGGAACAGUCCUAUUAUUAUAGGUUUAUUAUGUUUUGGUGGCAUUGGAUAUGUCUUAUUCGUUUUUAUUGAAGGAAAGAUUGCUAAAGAUCCUAUUGCACCUGUUGCCUGCUUUAGUAUAAAUCUCUUUCAUGGAAUGGCAUUUAUUGCUUUAUUGUAUUUUAUACCGCUUUAUUUUCAAGUUGUAAAAUCUGAAUCAGCUACGACUUCAGGUUUAGAACUUCUUCCUUAUGUUUUAGGUUUGGUCUUUGCUCCUAUGUUUGUUGGCCAACUAGUUUCAAGAACUACUUAUUUUUCUUAUGGUUUAAUUUGUGCUUUUGGAAGUAUUUUAAUGGCCAUAGGGACUGGAUUAGUUAGCAUGUUUUCUGAAUAUACUGAUAAAGAUCUAAUAAUGUGUUACUUAUUCAUUGCUGGUAUUGGUGCUGGUUUAAUCACAGAAACUACUGUAUUUGCCGGACAAGAAAUAGUGGAACAUAAAGAUAUUGCUAGCGUUAUUUCAUUAUUGGCAUUUUUCAGAACAAUCGGUGCAGUGUUUGGUGUAGCUAUCUUAGGAACUGUCUUUAACAAUGUGUUUUAUUCGAAUAUGCCAUCUCAAUUUCAAGGAAAAUUGUCUCUAAAUGAUAUCAGCAUAUUAGAGAAAGUCCCUGAUAUUGUAAUUCAGAAUUUUAUAUUAGCUAUGGAUACUGCAAUUAAAGUUAUAGUUGUCAUGUCUGCAUUGAGUUUUAUCUCUUCUUUACUUAUCGGAAACGUUAAACCAUACAGAGAUGAUAAUAUAAAAAUUACAAAUUCUUCAUCUCUGGAAUAG